AUGAGCAUAGCGUUCAAAUUGUGCUUGGGAGUGCCUUCGAAGAAAGACUGGGUUCCGAUCACUCUGUAUCCUUGUGACAAGGCUAGUGAACUUCAGCGAUGGGAAUGCAGAAACGAGACUCUUUUUGCAAUCCAAGGGGAAGAUUUGUUUUUCAACUAUGGAAACAGACAGGAAAGGAAUAUUAUGCUGUACAAGGGAUCUGGUUUAUGGAGCAGGUGGAAAGUCUACGGAACCACAGACGAUUUGUGUUCUCGAGGCUAUGAAGAUACCUACACAGUGAAAGGAAAUGCCAAUGGAGCACCUUGUGUAUUCCCUUUUAAGUUUGGUGAUAAAUGGUACGCUGACUGCACAGAUGCUGGCAGAUCAGAUGGCUGGUUCUGGUGUGGAACCACUUCAGACUUUGAUGUUGACAAGUUAUAUGGAUUUUGCCCAUUGAAAUUUAAUAGUAUUGAUCUGUUGUGGAAUACAGAUCCUUUAACAAAUGUCCAGUACCAGAUAAACUCUGAGGCAGCUCUGAAAUGGCACCAGGCAAGAAAAAGCUGUCAACAACAGAAGGCAGAGUUAUUAAGCAUUACAGAGUUGCAUGAACAAACAUACCUGACAGGUUUGACUGGCAGAUUGAGUUCUGCUCUCUGGUUUGGUCUUAACAGUUUGAAUUUCAACAGUGGAUGGCAAUGGGUUGGUGGUUCUCCUUUUCGAUACUUAAAUUGGGUUCCAGGACAUCCCUCUCCAGAACCUGGAAAAAUCUGUGCAGCAUUAAAUCCUGGCAAAGGUGCUAAGUGGGAGAAUCGGGAAUGUGAUCAGAAACUGGGCUAUAUUUGUAAACGAGGAAAUACUACUUUAGAAUCUUUCAUUAUUCCUACAGAGACUAAUGUGCCUAUUAGAUGUCCUGAUCAAUGGAUGUCAUAUGCUGGUCACUGUUACGUAAUUCACAGGGACCCCAAAAUAUGGAAAGAUGCCUUAACAUCUUGCAGGAAAGAGGAUGGAGAUCUGGCGAGCAUUCACAAUGUUGAAGAGUACAGCUUUGUUAUUUCUCAGCUUGGGUAUCAGCCAGUUGAUGAGCUAUGGAUUGGGUUGAAUGACCUCAAGGUUCAGAUGUAUUUUGAAUGGAGCGAUGGGACACCUGUCACCUACACCAAGUGGCUUCCUGGAGAACCCACUCAUGCAAACAACAGGCAAGAGGACUGCGUUGUUAUGAAGGGAAAGGAUGGAUUUUGGGCAGACCAUUCUUGUGAAAAGAAAAUUGGCUACAUCUGUAAAAGGAAACCCAUGUCAGAAGCUCCUGUGGAAGAGGAAACUAUUGACAUGGGCUGCCAGAGA